AUCCCUGCAACGUCCGACUCCCGACUUCCCCCCAGCCACAGUUGCAAGGAUAACCCUAGACAUGCCUCACAAGAAUGGAUUACCGACAAACCUCCAAUACCGCACCAAACCACUAAAAUCAGCCCUACGGCGCACGCAACAAAAGUUCGUUCAUCAUGAUGGACUUACAGAAGACGAGCACCAGCACCAUCAUCCAGUCUCUGAGUCUGAAGCGGGACCUGAGUUAGAUGGCAGCUCGGAGAGCGUUUCUGACGAGAGUGCCGAUGAUGCCCAGGGCAAUGAGGAUGACGACGACGUGGAUGCGCCUCGGGUGGUACAAUGGGCGGAUGUGGUAGAUGAAAACAGCGCGGGACUCUCAGAAGAGGAAACAGACGACGAGAACACUAAUGCUAUUCCCGGGAAACCCUCCCGAGAUCUGCGGUCUCUCGAGGAUGAUCUGUCUUCUCUGCCUCUAGGAAUGCUGCGCAAGGCCCAGCGCACCCUCUCCCAAUCCCGUGCUCUAAGCGAUUCCGAAUCGGAGUCCGAGUCUGACGCACCAUCGGAAGAAGACGCAUGUCCAACCGACGACGAACGCCCACGAUUAACUACGGCCAAAGACAAAGACAAAGACAAAGACAAAGAACCCCUAGAUAAACCCUCAAAACCGCGUAAAGACCUCGCCAAAAGAUCUAGCAAGCAUGCCCCUACCGAAAUAACCUCUAAACGCCCCGUCACCCGUCGACGAACAGUCAUCGAAUCCAAAGCACCCAUACCCCGAGACCCCCGUUUCCUGCACAUAACAGGCACCUAUGACCCCCAAAAGUUCAAAUCUCAUUAUACAUUCCUCUCCACGCUCCACACCUCUGAACUCAGCACCCUCCGCUCUAACCUUAGCCUCGCGCGAAAGCUGCUCUUAAACUCCCCAAAAGAACUGCGCGCAGCACGAGAGCGGGAAGUUGGAAGACUGGAGCUUGCGGUGAAGAGGGCUGAGAGUAGUGUCAAUAGGGACAAGAGGGAGAAAGUGGAGAUGGAGGCGCUGGAUAGGGUUGGGAGGGAGGAGAGGGAGAAGAGGAAGAAGGGGAAGGCGGGGUGGUGGAUGAAGUCAGCCGAGAAAAAAGAAUUGCUGAUGAAAGCUCGAUACGACGCCAUCGCAUCAAGUGGAGGAAAGCGCGCAGUAAAGAAAGCGAUAGAAAAGAAGCAGAAGAAACAGAGUCAGAAGGAGAAGAAAUCGCGUCCGUUUCCGGCUCCAGGUCGCACCCACUCGAACCCCAAGGACGCCAGCAUCAGCACUGGUUCUAACAACAUCAGCAUCGGAAGUGGAAGUGGACAGAAGCGCACACGAUCUACUCUAGACGAAGAAAGAACCCAGCCCUCGAAGAAACGCAGGAAAUUCUGAAUCCAAAUCUAUCAUCCUCGAAAUGAUGGGAUACAAUGGGGGAUGGAUGGGGGUAUUAUCCACUGCUAAUUGGUUUUUUGAACCCAAAUGCUCGUCAAGAAUGAAAAAAAAGAAAUGUGGAAAGAAACCGGAGGAUGAUGGGUGGGAACCGAACAAUGAUGGUGGUGGAGACGUGGAAAAUUCCUCCUGUUCAUACAACGGAAGA